UCUGCGGCGGCAAACAAAGAAAGCACCGGUUAUUUAUGCGAAGGACAAGGGAAUUUCCGCCUUGUCACCUGCUGCCGCAGAAAAAAAUAUAGUGCAUUCAUUUCAUUUUUAUACUUUUAAACACAAGAGCAAUGCCUGUUACAACAGGAUUUGAGUGGAAUAUGGAAAGAGGGCCUAUCUUUCGCUCACCUCUAUUCCAAGUAUAUGGAACAAAGAGGAAAAAUUCAGAAGGAAAUAUUGAGCCAAAUAUUUUAGAAAACGACACGGAUCUCUCCUUCAAAAGACGGUGUAUUUGGCCUGCUGAUGUUAAGGAACAAACUCCUACUCAAGCAAUGGAAAUAAAUCACAAUGUGCCAAACCAGCAUUUUAAACAGUUGCAACAAGAACAGAACCAUAUAUCACCAGAUCUCCCUAUCCCAGCUCCUUGGUCAUCAGAAUUACAAUCUCAACUUACCUCAGGCAAUCAACCAUGGCAGCCAGUAAAAGUAGUACCACAAAACGCAUCCUCCAGACAAGAUGUACAUAUACAGCCUGGGAAUAUCAUGGAUUUAAAUGAUGAAUGCUACAGCAUGAGUGAGGUAGAAGAUGCCUGUGUUAACAUGGAUUCUGACUGUGUUCCUGACCCACAGCAGUACAAUCAAAGAGAGAACACAAACUGUCCUCAGUCAAUGUGCCAGGGAGGCAACAUUAGUCCAAAUUCUGGCCUAGUUAGAUGUUUCUGCAAACCCAAUUGGGACCCUUUAAUGGAUUUGAGGCCAUAUAUAUCAGAUGUUUAUUAAUAGUCGUCCACUACUGGUCAUAGAGAAAGGAAAAGGUGUUUUUAAGAUAUUGAUCAGGAUCUCAAGAAGAAAGUGGCCAUCUCAAAUAGGCCAAUCUCUCAAAGCCAGAUAACAGGAAGCAUGCAACCAGAAACCAGCCAAGUUAUCAAGCAGAUAAAAUUACCACUUUAUUGAAUGAUGGCUCUGAAGAAUGAAAUGGUACAGGAAGCAAAGUGGGUUGCAUUGUCCAGUUUUGUGUUGUGUGUAGCGUAUCCUGAUAGAGCAACACUAGGUUGUGAAAUGCUAUCACCAACAUAUUCUUGAUGUGAUUUGAGUAUUUUAAAAAGAUUACUUCUGAAGUAAGAGUGAUUCCUCAAGGAGAGACUGUGGUGAAACUAGUCACUGACUGCAUUCUCUGCCUAAGAUAUACUUAGAAGUUAGUGCAUGUUGCACAUCCAUUGCAUCUCUCUUUCUGAGAGCUACAUGGUGCGUGUUGCACCUCCACUGCCUAUUGUCUUUCAUGUUUAGACAUGUUUAGGCACAUACUUAGGUAUGUGUAAUGAGAUUAUUGUUAUUAUUAUUAUUAUAUUUUAGGUAAGGUUGUAGAGCUAGCUGUUAUACUGAAGAGCUUAUAUAACUCUUACAAUAGUAGUAUAUUAUAUUUAUAUAGUUUUAUAGCAUAUUUUGGGUUAUGUAAAUUUUAUGUAAUCAGUAUGUACAGAAAGCAGUGUUUGGUAUGUUACUUAGUUUCUGUAUUUAUGGUCACCCUGCUUAAGGUGGGUUGAAUGGUCAACUUCAUUUAUUUUCACAUCUUUUAUUUCAUCAUACAUUGUGUGUGUGUGAUAGUUAAAUUAGUUAUUACAUAACUUUUUUAGCUAUCAGGCGUGCCUGUAAAAUAUUUUUUAAUCAAUAGUUUGCUAAUGAAUUUACAGGCUUGAAGAAAUAUUGCAAGGAUGUUUACCCUAGAGGUCUCAACAGUGCAAGUAAGAUUGAUUUCCAAAAAGCAAUGCAAUGAUUUUUGUUUGGCAGCACUAAAAGCAUGUAUCUUGUCAAUAUGAGUAAUUUUUUGCAGAUUUAAGUACCAUCUUAUUUUUUAGCUGUGCUUUUAUAGUGAAAAGUUUAUUGAGCAGGGUUUUGUUAUAUUAUUCAAGUGAUUUUUAAAAGUGUGCGAGUUGUUUGUUAUAUCUAAUUUAUACAAUCAU